UCGAAGACGAUGAUGACAGAAAAAGACAAAGCUUCGAAGUGUGCGCCAAUUUCCUCUGUUUCUCUGUCUCUGUCUCUCUCUCUCUCAAGCACUACCUUUUCCCACCCUUUUCCUCACCUUCUCAGCAGAAAGGGAAUGGAGCCUCAAUUUCUCUGUAAAUCAUUGUUACCCAAACUACAGAUUUCAUCUUCUUCUUCGUUUUUGUGAACAAUUUCAUUGUUUCUUCAGAGUUUCGCCUUCCCUGUUCUGUUGAUUCAUUUCAACUUUCAGCAUUUCUUUCCGAAGGAUAUGUUUCCGAGGCUUGUUAAUCCCGAUGGAGAUAUCCAGAUCCAUGGCGGCCGUGGUUCUGUUGCUUCCGAACUCACUCACAGCCAUCGGGGAGAUCCUUGUCUCGUCUUGACUUCAGAUCCCAAACCUCGCCUCCGAUGGACUGCCGAUCUUCAUGAGCGAUUUGUCGAUGCCGUCACUCAACUCGGUGGUGCUAGCAAAGCUACACCAAAAGCAAUAAUGCGAACAAUGAAUGUGAAAGGACUUACUCUCUUCCAUCUGAAGAGCCACCUCCAGAAAUACAGAUUAGGUAAGCAAUCAGGGAAGGAUAUGGGUGAGGCAUCUAAGGAUGGUGCAUAUCUUUUAGAAAGCCCAAGUACCAAUAAUUUCUCUCCUGACUUGCCAAUUUCUGAAAUGGCCGAUGGUUAUGAAGUCAAGGAGGCAUUAAGAGCGCAAAUGGAAGUUCAGAGUAAGUUACAUCUGCAAGUUGAGGCAGAGAAGCACCUCCGGAUUCGUCAGGAUGCCGAGCGAAGAUAUUUGGCUAUGCUUGAGAGAGCUUGUAAAAUGCUUGCAGAUCAGUUCAUUGGGGGCGCGGUUUCGGACUCGGACAGCAAGAAGUCCCAAGGACAAAAUCGUAAGAGCCCAAGAAGUUUCUCUAUCGACCCACUUGGUUUCUAUGCUUCACAAUCACAAGAGAUGGAAAGAGUGAAUGGUACAGAAGAAGUUCAGACUAACCUUCGUCGCCAAAGGGCUGAUUGUUCGACCGAAAGCUGCCUAACCUCGAACGAGAGUCCUGGGGGAUUGGCCAUGGAGAAAAGUCCUGUUGCAAGCAAGAAAAACAUGGCUAACUUGGAUUCAGAAAAUGCAUCUUUGAUUUGGGGUGAAGCCAAGGAAAGAAUACAAGAUGCCAACAUGAUCCAAGUGAACCAUCUCAGCAUAUCCGGGUGCAACAUGUGGGGAUGAACUUCUGCAGACAAAAACUCAUCAGAAUUGAUGAAAAGUAUGUUCUAUUUCCAGCUUUUGUAAAAAUUUCAUCAUUUAGAAUCUGGCACGAGCGAACGCCGUUUAGUAUGUAGACAACUCAUCGAAAAUGCAAGUAGUUAGGCAUUCUUUUGGCUGUUCUGAACAAUUAUAGUCGAUCUCUGUCUGGCUUAGGCAGACAUGAAUCUAUUAUCAGGGUGUAAUCAGUAGUGUUCUGUUGGAAACACAUCUUCUUUCACUUGUUAGCAGUGCAAUAGACCUUGUCUUCCAAUGA